AUGGUAACUGCGAUAUCCAAUAUACACCGCAAUAUUAGAUUCGAGCGCGCGCUGGUCUUCGUGAUGCUUCCAGAUAGCGAGGGAAAGUCCUGCUGCGGUCGCCGACAGCCCCAACGCGCCAGUGGAGCUCCGUUCAUACAAGCUGGGAAGAGCCAGCUUCGUUUGACCACGAGGACCAGAGGAAGGGGCAAGCACAAGGAUGACCUGGGCUUUUGUCUCUUGACCGGUCCGUGCCUCAAAGGACGGCGCACGAGCCCACAAAACCUUCACUUGGAACGCAAGUCGAGCAUUCUGCCGCAUCUUCGUCCUAUGGAGUACGCUUUGUCAGGCGCGUUCGUUUUUAAUCGUGAUCACCUUGUCUGUGGGCUCAUGACGCUCGCUGUGCGCAUGACAAGGUGCCAUGCUCUACGCGCCAAGCGUACAGAAUAG